CGCUGCUGUGAGUUACAACUGUAGAUCUCUGCCAUGACUACUUCAUCAACCGUUUGGUUCCAAGGACCUGUAGCCGAGGCAGUGACUCAAGUCAAUGCCAAGGGCUGUGUCUUUGUUGUUUUUGCACGCGAUGAAUCGCACGAAAGUGAUGCCAUGUCGGCCACACUCGAAGCUGAAUCCAUCGUACAACGAUUGCGCGAACAAGCUAUUGCUAUCACUCUUGAAAAAGAUACCGACAACGCCAACCUGUUUGGCCAACUAUAUCCCGUUCAUAGAUAUCCCUCCCUCUUUCUACUAAAAGCCGGCGUCAUUGUGGAGGUCAUUACCGGAUCCGAUACUUCCUCUGAAGAGAUUGCUAGUAAAUUCGACAAAGCAGUAGCCCAUACACAACCACCGGCACCCCAACCAGUCGCUCGACCGGCUGGACCGACCAAUGCGCCAUCGGCUCCACUGCCUACAGGCGUUUCAUCUCCGUCCACCAAUACAUCUGCCUCCGCACAAACACCGCCCAGCACAGCAGAAAAGAAAGAAGCUUUAAAAAAGAAGCUGGAACUUGCUCGUAAAAAGCGAGCUGAAGAGGAGGAAAAGAACCAACGCGAGAAGGAAAUGCAACGCCGUCGAACGGGGCAGGAAAUACAAGCAGCUCAGGAGUCGCAUGAUGAGAAACAACGACGGAAAUACGCUGAAGAAGUUAAAAAGGAGCGCAAAGCUGAGGAGGAACAUCGACGCAAGCUGCGUGAGCAAAUUGAGAGCGAUAAACGAGAACGGGCUGCUCAGCGACAACGGGAGAUUGAGGAGAGACAAAAGGGCAAUACCACUCCAUUGUCCGGUACAGAAUCUACCUCGUCGUCUGCUGCCCAAUCGACAUCCACAGUAUGCAAUCUUAGUGUUCGGCAAAUGGACGGUUCUCAAAUUCGCAAGCAGUUCAAUGCUACCGAUACCUUGGAUGAUGUGAUGAAAUGGAUCGAUGCGGAGCGCACAGACGGCGAUGCACCGUUCAUGCUCCUCGCUCAGUUUCCCACCCGUCAGUUUUCAAUGGGAGAUGAGAGCAAAUCCCUCAGGGAACUGGAAUUGGUCCCCAGCAGUGCUUUGAUCAUGAAACCUCCUCGCAAAGUGACAUCUGCCUAUACUCCUACGGCACCUGGUCUCUGGGGCUACGCAUACUCUGCUGUAGAUUUGGCUUAUAGUGCUGCCGGAGCCUCUUGGAGCCUGGUCAAUAAUGUUCUGGCCACCUUAUUGCCUGCUUCCGGAGGCAUUACUGGAGGUACCACCCUGGGUGCCCAAAGUGAAUUUGGUGACGAAGAGCAGCAAGGAACAUCGUCGUCAGACUCCAAAGCUGCUGCUGCUGCAAGGAGAAAUAAGAGCAAAAUUACCACCCUCGACUCUCUACGCGACGAUGAUGAAGACCCGAAACAAACUUAUAAUGGCAACUCCAUCAACCAAGAGUAAAAAUAAAUAAAUUAUAUGCCCUGCAUAGCAGUGCAGAGUGUUAAUCAUGCGGCGGUGAUCAGUGACUUUAUGCAUUUGUGUAAUUUGGAUGG